GAUCACUUCAGGAAAGUCUUACAUGCUGGAGCUGUGACUGCUUCAGGACAGAAAGCUAUCUGCACGGUAAAGAGGACCUGCCUACCACACAUCAGCUAUCACAACUCUGCACGUCUGCCAUCACCAAAAUGAAAGGAUACUAAAGAGGAAUGUCCUGGGUCACAAAGGCUUUGACCUGAGGGGUUGAAGAGUUGAUGGAAAGGACAACCACAGGAGAUUGGUGGCACAUUAAUUGGGGAAGACGGGCUCGUGGUAACAGCUGGAGCGGAAAAGUGAGUUUGUGGGAGAUGGAUCCAGACAAUCAGAGCCAAAGCCAGCCACAGCCUGAGAACCCAUCUGGACUAGCAGAGGUUUUAACCCCCACUCCAGCAGUAGUUCCAGGCACAGAAGCCCCAGCCUCCAUCCCUUCUGCCUCUGCUCCUGCUCCUCAACUGUCAGUCCCAGUGCGGCCUCGACGGCCUCAGAGGACCCCCAGAAUAGAGGGCUCUGUGGACGUCUGUGAUCCAAAUCCUGACCCUCCAGAGGCCAACCAGGACCGAUCCACCACUCAUGAUGCUCCAGCUGGGGCCAGCCAUCCUAAGCCCCUGCAGCCUGAAGCAGCCAUGCCCCAUGGGGGGCAUGGGGGGGCCACUGAAACCACUCUGAAGGCUGGCCCUAAAGUCCCAGGCCACCCCCCAGGGGCCAGGAGCCCCAUCUCAAUGAGGGCAGCCUCAGUUCCCCAGCCACCGUCCUCCAGGCCUAUACCUCCCCAUCUCAACCCUCAUGCCCAGAGGGCCUUCUCUGUGGUGGGCACCGCGGACACACAGUCUCAGGUGGUGGAAGACUUCAGGGUGCACCUAGUCACAUGGAAUGUGGGUGGUGCCAUGCCGCCAGAUGACAUCACUGCUCUGCUGGGGUUGCACAUUGGAGAUGGAAACACAGACAUGUAUAUAAUUGGGCUACAGGAAGUCAACUCAAUGAUCAACAAAAGGCUGAAAGACGUUCUCUUCACAGACCAAUGGAGUGACGCCUGCAUGGAGAGACUCAGCCCCUUCGGAUACAUACUGGUGACGUCCCAGCGGAUGCAGGGGGUGUUGCUGCUGGUCUUCGCUAAGUACUACCACCUCCCCUUCCUCCGAGGGGUGCAGACAGAGACCACCCGCACCGGCCUGGGGGGCUACUGGGGUAAUAAAGGGGGUGUGAGUGCGCGCAUGUCUGUGUUCGGUCACACCAUCUGUUUCUUGAACUGCCACUUGCCGGCCCACAUGGAGAACUCUGAGCAGCGGAUGGAGGACUUUGAGAGCAUCCUGCAGCAGCAGCAGUUUGAAGGCCAGGCUGCCACAGGGGUGCUGGACCACGAUGUGGUGUUCUGGUUUGGAGAUCUGAAUUUCCGCAUUGAUGAACUGGAAAUUCCGGCUGUGAAAGCAGCCAUUGAUAACAACAAACUCACCAUGCUAUGGGAGAAAGACCAGCUGAACAUGGCCAAAGACAGCGAGUCAGUGCUGGAGGGAUUUCUGGAGGGUCCUCUCAAAUUCCCCCCCACUUACAAGUUUGAUGUGGGGACAGAUACAUACGAUACAAGUGGGAAGAAGCGUAAGCCUGCGUGGACAGACAGGAUCCUGUGGCGUCUGAGGGCCACAGUUCCCUCUGGGCCGACCCCUAAUGCUGGGAAGAGAGGCUCAAUUUUAGGGCCGAGCAGCGGGACCAAGGUCACCCAGCACUUCUACCACAGUCACAUGGAGUACAUGGUCAGCGACCACAAGCCUGUCUCUUCCAUCUUCACCCUCCAGUUCCCCUAUAAGGUGGACAUGCCCCUGGUGAUGAUCAUGGUGGAGGAUGAGUGGAACAGCAUUGCAGAUGCCACGUGCACGUUCAAGGCUGCACCUAAUUUCGCUCGCAGCUCCUGGGACUGGAUUGGGCUGUACAAGGUGGGAUUCAAACACCAUAAGGACUAUGUAGGCUAUGUGUGGGCCAAGCAGGAGGAGGCAGAUUACCAUAGAGUAGAACAUGAGGUGACCUUUACUGAGGAAGAGUUGCCCAAGGGCUCAGGAGACUUCAUCUUGUGUUACUAUAGCAAUAACACGAGCACCCUUGUGGGUGUGACAGAGCCUUUCCAGAUCCAGCUGCCCACCUCCAGUCCUGCCGGUAGCCCCUCUGACGACAGCUCUGAUUUCACCUCUGAGGACGACAGCGUGGUUGGUAUGAAGACCAUGUCCCGCAGUCCCAGCCCCCGGAAAAAGAAACACAGAGCCCGACACAGCCAUAGCCGCAGUCCCAGCCACAGCCGUAGCCGCAGUGGCAGCCCUGCGCUGCCCAAAAUGAAGGGCCUCAAACUGCAGCCUGGCUCAGCCCACAAUACCACAGAUGGGGAGAAGGAGAAGGCCUCAUCUGAGGCUGGGGCUGGAGGGUUGUGAUGGAGCCCCUGUUAUUCUGCGCUCACAUGACCAACUCUGUGUGGUUUCUUAGUACAUGAUGCACUGUACUGUAUUAUAUGUUUCCUUUAUUGAAAAUGUACAUUUUCGGGAGCCAUUUGUUUCAGGACUGGGGUUAGGCAUCUCGUACUGGAAGACUACUUUGUCUUGUGUGAUUUUUCUUAAGCUGUUUUCAAAUGUAUGUCUCCCUGUAGAUUCUCUCAUUCCUCUCACACUCUCUCUCUCACUCGGGCACUCUUCCCUCUCAGGUGUAGGAAAUACAGGGAGUUUUUGGCUGAUUUUAAGGGAACCUUCCAGGGCAAAUCAUUACCAAAUCUCAGGAAGAGGGAAUUGGCCACCAAAAUGCAUAUUGCCAGUUGUUUCACAGAUAUUUUGAAGCAGCAUAAUAUUUACCCCUCUGUAUCAGCCCUGGAGGCUUAGUCAGCAGGUUAGCAUGUGUGACAGCAUGAGCAAAUGAUGUCUUUUGAUGAGGUGAACAAUUAGUUUGACUCCCAAAGGGAACAUUCCUCGCAAAUGGUAAUAAUCCCUAUUUGCUUUAGCGCAAGUCCUGUCCUACAUGUUGAUACAGAAUUGUGUCUGCUGCUAAAUAUAAUCUCUAGGACCUGGUCCACAAGUGAUUUUUUAUGAGUUUUGGAUAAAUAAUAAAAAAGGUAGAAUCACCAGGAAUUCAUCAGAAAAGGAGUUUAAUUUAGUAAAUCUGUUCCAAAGUAUUCCCACGAAUAAAAAAAAAAGAGACAUAUGUGAUCGGGGUUUAAUGUAAUCAAGGUAUGAAAUGUAUGUUAUUUUAACAUUUAUUUUUGUGCUUAGUUGUGGUCAAUUCACAGUGUACAAAUGAUUAUUAUUUUGCUCCCGACCAUCCGAUCGGAUAAAAAUCGUCCAGCGGCAGAAUCGAGUUGCCUACCCCUGCCUUAGGAAGUGGGCCAAGGAGAUGAACAUAGAGAGCCAACCUUUAAGGAAAUGUGAUUCCAUUUGCAUCCACUGUGUUAGACAGAGUUCUAAAUGCUAGGUGUAGUAUACUACUAGUAUAUGAAUACCUGCCCUUAUUCAUAAACCCUUGUGAGUUGGCUUGACUGCAUGGAUCUUCAAUGCCAUGAAGAAAAAAUAAGUUGAAACAUUUUCACCUUCAGGGUACCGGUGUUUCCAGUUCUCUUAUUUUCUUCCCUGCACUUCACCUCUCUUUUUCCCUCUUUCUCUCUCUCGUGUCCCCUCUCUCCCUUUUCUCUAUUGGUGAUAGUGAUUAGCUGAAACUGUUUUGUCACUAGAAGUGAUGUGUUGGAUUGUUAACCUGUGACCUCCAAUUCAACACCCUAGACACUUUCUACCUAUGGGCUGUUAGCUUAGGACAGUGUGUGCUGUUGUAUUGUAACCUCAUUGUGCGUGAUUUCAUGUAUGUAUGCCACUGUGUGUGUGUGUGUUUGUUUGUUUGUUUGUUUUGGGUUUACAAGAGUGAGUGUCUGAUUGUGUAUGACUGAUAGUGAUGUGUGUAUGUGCUUGCAUGGUUUUCUGGACAUACUGUACAUUCCGGUACUGUGAUUUUGUGCCGUUAAAAGUGCUGUUUUUGACUUUUGACUGUUUGGAAAAAAUGUUAUGACGACAAUGUAAACACAAAAUGACAUGUUAGAUGUAGAUACAUAAGGAAAAUGAAUGGCUGAAUCGGUUUGCUUGCAGAACAGCAAGAAAGACAAUUUCUUUCAUCCUAUUUAAACGAUACAAAAAUACACUGUAGACAGUCUGAAGCUCCUCCAAGGUAAAUGAUCAGUACUGCAUACGUACAAGUGAAAAUGGCUUUAUGUUUUUGUUAUCCAUUGAUUAUGUGUAUCAAUCAAUAUAACUUCAUUGAUCCAAAGUAUGGUUAUAGAAAAGGUGAUAAGGAAAGAUCUGAAAGUCUAAUUCAAUUGUCUUUUGCUAUUUUAGUCUUUGGAAAUGUCUCUCUCCCACACUGUAUGUGGAAUUUUAAAUAUAUGAAUAAGGAAUGUUAUUGAAAGAUUAUAACGUGUUUAAAACAGGUGAGAGUAAGCUAUGUACUGUAUGUAAAUAUCAAAUAGAGAACAUAUGACAAUCAAUGCCAAAAAUUAUGCAUAUAUUUUCUUAUUUUAUUGUGUCAAAUGAGAACCUGAAUUCUGCUGGCAGGUGUGGGAGGACAAUGUUAAAGCAAACGGGUUUAUAGUCAGUUCUAGUUCAUAUAUAGUGUAUACAUAUUUGUUUUUAUUUAUUUUAAUUUUAUAUUUAUUCAUGCACACAACAUAGUUUUAUGUGGAGGCAAAAAGAAACAACCCCUUGACUUUGUUUAUCUGUGAUUUCAGAUCAAAUGUCAUUUUUUAAAAUUGUAUUGUCUCUGCUAGCUUGUAUGUGAUUGGGAUUAAAACAACUGGAAAACAUUACAACAACAUUGUAAGAGGCUUGAAUUGGCUAGUUGUUGAAUGUUGAUAUUAGAGGGUGUGUUGUGGACCCGUCCAUGGGGGUCAGGGGAACCUCUCUGCUUUCCAGCUUAACACCUCUGUCAUACACAUUGUUUAGAGAAGGGAAAAAAACUCCUCUUUAAGCAGUACAGCUGGUCUGCUCUUUGAGUCUUUCUUGUUUUCAGUCGGCCAGAUCAAAGAAGCAUUUCGCUACACCCACAAUAACAUCUGCUAAAUAUGUGUAUUUGACCAAUAACAUUUUAUUUUAUUUGACAUCAAUAAGGAACUAAUUAUAUUGCAAUACAUUGAUGUUGUUGCAGUAUAUUGUAAGAAACAGCUCUAUUAUAAAACAUACAAUGCCUAGACA